GUUCCGCUCCAGCAUGUGCUCCUUUUGCGGCGAGAGAUUCGCUGGAGCGGGAUCUUUUUUAGCGCAAAAGUGAUUUCCAUGUAGAGCUAUGGACACAGAACCCCAGCAGUAGAUGCAGCAACAGUAUGAAGUGGAGGACCCAAGCCCAAAUCCAGCCCCCCUCUGAAGGCCCCACGCCGAACCCUAAACUUCCGUUUUCCUUGUGUAGCAGGAUGUGUGGACGGACUCUGGUGGGUUCCGGCUCUACGCCACCGCGUACUCCGUUUGUUUCUUGAGCCUGCUUCUGGGUUCUGAAUUUGCCUCUCCAAGCUCGAUUCUGUCGUGGGUUCUCGUGGAUCCGCUUCCCCACCUCGAGCGGUUCUUCCCCGUGCGCCGAGCUGCGAGUCAUCGAGGGAUCAGUAGGGUUGCAGCAGAUCGAGAUUGCGGGUGGGUGUUGGGCUUUCUGAGACUUGGUUGAAAUAGAAUGCAGGUGGAAAUGGACACUUGUGGGGACGGGCUUUUGAGUGGAGCGUGACGAUAUGAGGAUUUUGCUACUCUUCAAUUAGGGUUGUUUCUUUGAAGCAAAUCGUGAAAUCCCCCGUGGGGCUGGAAGAGUUGGCAUCGUGUACAUAAUUAAUCCUUGAUAUGUGCAUCUUGAAGGGGAGACCUGCCGUAUUCGAUUAUUUCAAGCUCCGGACGGGAAUGAUGUGGCUUGGCGGGUCUUGGUGCAAUUGUUUCUUCAGUAGGAGAGAUGCAUUAGCCCUGCUCGCUUAGCUGCUGUGGUUUCAAAUCGAAGGUGGAGAAGGGCUUUAGUUCGUAUAAGGAAGAGUUGGGUUGUUUUAAUACCCUGUUGAUACAUAAUGCACAACGGAAGACAAAGAUGCGAUGGAGAUUAUACUUAAAUUCUGCAACUGCGCAAAGCAAGGAAACGAUCGAAGCAUGUUACAUGGUUCGGGAGUUUUAUUAAUGUUUUCAUGCACAGUUUAGGAAAGUCAAUGGGAGUAUUUCAGGUCUAUCAAUGGGUAGGAAUCAGGUGGCAAGGGCUGAAACUUAGGCCUCUGUUUUUGGAUGAAGUUAAGGGCUCGUGUUGGUAGCGACUGGUUGUUACUCGAGAGAUCUCGCUCGAAAGUGACAAGUGUGUCAUUACAAGUUGGAAAUUAUCUUGUUUGUGGGAUUCUCACGGCAAGGGGCAUCAUUAGUCCCUAUGAUAAAAAAAAAUGGACCUACAUAGUGGCGAAUUUCGAACCGACAUCUCUCUAGUGGAUACACAUCAUUCUCCGAGUGAAGGAGAUGAAGCUCAUCUAUCAGACCCUGACCACAUCCUCCAUGACUCCAAUGGCAGCCAUGUGAACGGAAACAGUCAUUUAAUGCACGCUAGCAACCACCAUUCCCUCAUUACACUUGAGGACGAAGUAGUAUAUGGACAUCCUCAGGGCUCACGGUGUGGGCGGCUAUAUAAGAAAAGUAAUUGGGUGGUAGAAGAGAUGUUGGUUCUGCAGGCGGCGAAGAGGGAGGACUUCCAUCGCCAUGAUCGGGGUAUGAAGGGCAUACAGAAUCCCGUGCAGGAGAGAUGGAAUUGGAUUGAGGACUAUUGCUGGGCUUCUGGAGUCCAACGAAGUGCUCAACAGUGCCAUGAUAAGUGGGAGGUCAUCUCAACAGCAUAUAAAAAGGUCUAUAAUAAUGAAAAAUACGCGUGCAAUGGACACAAGUCUUACUGGAACAUGUCACCCGAGGAGCGCAAGCGAAAUAAAUUACCACCAAAUUUUCAAAAGGAGGUAUUCAGUGCUUUGCUAGAGUGGUGUGAUACCAAGAUAAAGCAUUCGGACUCUGGAGAGCUUGUGGUUGAUACAUCGGGGCCACAGGGACCAUCAGGUGUGAAAGCAGAGCUUGUUGACUCCGAAGACGAAAGCGGGGAGGAAACGAGCGGUCCAAAUCAGUUUGGGAAGAAGAGAAAGUUGUGGUCAAAAACAGACGAGGCACUGGCUACAAUACUGGUUCGCAACAACAAGAACGUGGUUGAAGCAAUGCUGGAAUCCGAAGACAGGAAAGAUAAGCGACACCGAGAAGAUCUUGAGAUGGAGAAAGUGAAGCUGGAAUUGGAGAAGGAGAAAUUUCGAGGUGCCAUGAAACUGGGCAGUGGUUAUAUUGACGCCCUCGUCAACAUAGGUGAUGGUCUGAAGCAGCUCAGUGCGGCGCUUUGUGCAAAUAUUCAUUCAUGAUGCAUGUUGGUUGCUUUACCGCAGUCUGCUACAAGCAGGGAUUGAAGUACUGAUUGUUUGAAGUCCUUGCAAUCUGAUGGGAUACACAUCCCUUCAUGGAUACUUUUGGCGCCAACUAGGUUUCUGGGAUCACCAGCGAAGCCUUUUCGUAAUGUAUCUGAGGUCAGCUUUGUUGCUGGUAGAAUUUUGCGACAUCGCUGCUGUUAUUAGUUGUCAUGAUCUCCUUCAAGAACUCUGCAUGAAGUAGGAGGGGUAUUAGAUGUGAAGCAGUUGCAAAGAAAUGUGUUGCCCUCAUGGAUUAAUUGUAGAUUCAAGAGCUAGAUCGUUCUUUUAUGUUAUAAUCCUUUCAAGAAUCCCCGUCCAUUUUGAUACCUUGAACACAAUAAUUCCGCAACCAUGACCAAGCCUCCAUGCAGAUAUGUGCAUGAUUCGAGGUCCCCAA